UCGCAAUCUCGCAUCCCACAAGCUUCCUCUCUCCGAGCGAUUCCUCUUCGUCCCGAGAAGCCUCUCGAAGCGCAGCAGCGGCCAUGGACGGCACCGGCGCCGGAGCGGGAGGGAAGGUGAAGAAGGGCGCGGCAGGGCGCAAGGUGGGCGGGCCCAGGAAGAAGUCGGUGCCGCGCUCCGUCAAGGCCGGGCUCCAGUUCCCCGUCGGCCGCAUCGGGCGCUACCUCAAGAAGGGCCGCUACGCGCAGCGCGUCGGCAGCGGCGCCCCCGUCUACCUCGCUGCCGUCCUCGAGUACCUCGCAGCUGAGGUCCUGGAGCUCGCAGGGAACGCGGCCAGGGACAACAAGAAGACGCGCAUCGUCCCGCGCCACGUGCUGCUGGCGAUCCGCAAUGACGAGGAGCUCGGGAGGCUGCUGUCCGGCGUCACAAUCGCGCACGGCGGGGUGCUGCCCAACAUCAACCCGGUGCUGCUGCCCAAGAAGACGGCGGAGAAGGCGUCCGCCGGCGGCAGCAAGGAGGCCAAGUCGCCCAAGAAGACAGCUGGCAAGGCCCCCAAGAAGGCCUAGAGAGUCGAGCCAGAUGCUUCGUUGUUUAAGUGCUGUGUCGUGUUCCUUUACCUGUGAUGCGUCGGUUGUAGAUGGGAUGGACGUGCCUAGAGAUGAACUGGUCCUAUGGUAGCAUGUGAUCUUUGCUUUUCAAUGGAAGAAGAAAUGUCUGAAACGACUUGUUUCUUGGAA